GCUCGCUGCUACAGCCGCUGCCACUGCUGCUACUGAGGACGGGCUGAAAGAGCUGUCGGAGGCCCACAAACAUGUCGGGGGACGAAGAACAGCAGGAGCAGACCAUCGCGGAGGACCUGGUGGUCACUAAGUACAAGAUGGGGGGCGACAUUGCCAACAGGGUACUGCGCACUCUGGUGGAUGCAGCAACAGCUGGGGCUUCACUCCUUAAUUUGUGUGAGAAGGGAGAUGCAAUGAUUAUGGAGGAAACGGGCAAAAUCUUCAAAAAGGAGAAGGAAAUGAAAAAAGGGAUUGCUUUUCCAACGAGUAUAUCUGUAAAUAAUUGCGUGUGUCAUUUCUCACCUCUGAAAAGUGACCAAGAUUAUCUGCUUAAGGAUGGCGAUCUGGUGAAGAUUGAUCUAGGAGUUCAUGUGGAUGGCUUUAUUGCUAAUGUUGCCCACAGCUUUGUUGUUGGAGCCUCAAAGGAGUGUCCGGUGACUGGACGUAAAGCCGAUGUCAUCAAAGCAGCCCAUCUGUGUGGAGAAGCCGCUUUACGUCUUGUGAAACCAGGAAAUCAGAACUCGCAAGUGACUGAAGCAUGGAAUAAAAUUUCUCCAUCUUUUAAAUGUACUCCAAUAGAAGGAAUGCUUUCUCACCAGCUAAAGCAGCAUGUCAUUGAUGGUGAGAAGACCAUCAUUCAGAACCCCACUGACCAGCAAAAGAAAGACCAUGAAAAAGCAGAAUUUGAGGUCCACGAAGUUUAUGCUGUAGAUGUUCUUAUUAGCACUGGAGAGGGAAAGGCAAAGGACGCUGGGCAGCGCACAACAAUUUACAAACGGGACCCCACUAAGCAGUAUGGCCUGAAAAUGAAAACCUCCCGUGCCUUUUUCAGCGAAGUCGAGAGGCGCUUCGCUGCAAUGCCAUUUACUCUCAGGGCAUUUGAGGAUGAAAAGAAGGCAAGAAUGGGAGUUGUGGAAUGCGCCAAGCAUGAGCUUCUCCAACCUUUCAAUGUUCUCUAUGAAAAAGAGGGCGAAUUUGUAGCUCAGUUCAAGUUCACUGUUCUCUUAAUGCCCAAUGGUCCUAUGAGGAUAACUAGCGGCCCCUUUGAACCUGAUAUGUACAAAUCUGAGCUUGAGGUGCAAGAUUCCGAGUUGAAGGCACUUCUGCAAAGUUCAGCAAGUCGGAAAACCCAGAAAAAGAAGAAAAAGAAGGCGUCAAAAAAUGCUGAAAAUGCCACUGCUGAAGAAAAUGAAGGCACAGAGUGAACAGAGGCUUUUCUCUGAGGUGUCUGACUUUGACCUGCCAGUUAAUAUUUUUAGUACUUGCGUUAUUUUUGCCUCUCUCCCUUCUUUAUCCUGACAAUUGAAAUGAAUUGAAACAAAGAAAAAAAUAAAAAAAAAAUUUAAAAAA